AUGGACUGGCUUCCUUACAUCUUCACGUUUCCAUUCCGCGUGCUUGGUUACUUCGUCACGCCUGAUGCUCCAUUUGUGCCACCUGAUCCACCUGCCAACGGAAUGGUGUGGUUUCCGGUUGAUACCUGGGUCGGUACCUUCAUGGACUUUGAGGACACCGAGGCAAUUCAGUGUUCCGAUUGGAUGCUGGAUAAAAAAGAUGUGGGAAGCCGUUCACCAGUUUGA